GUCGGGCGGGUCCUAUAUUAAUUUUGUUGUUGUGCUUGCUUUUACGCGCAUUUCAAGUUUUUAAACCAAUCAUAUCAUGACACACUUUUAUAAAAACUCUGUCGUUUUGGGGAUUUCGAACACAAACCCCAGGAAAAAAAAGAUAUUGAAUUUUUUUUUUUUGUUUGCCUUUUUGAAAAUUAAAUUGUAGGAAGAAGCAGCUUUGAGCCCAAAAUACACGCCCAGAAAAUUCCCUAGUUGGUCACCAAAACCUAAACUUUUCUUUUGAAUUUCUUGAAAAGGGAAAAGUCAAGAAAUCUCGACGAAGGCGAUCACGGGGGUGUGUGUUUGUGUGUGUGUGUCUCGAAUUUUGCGAAGAGGGGUUUUUGGGUUUCGUUGAGAAGCGAUUAUCUCGUGUUCUUCAACUUGGUUCUUGAGGCAUCUCGUUUUGUGGCCUUUUCUUUGAUUAAUCCCAGAUAACGGACUCGUGGUGUUACACAUAGAAGGUUCCUGGCUUCUCUACUGUCAGGAGGAGCCUUGAGUCUUGAAGUUACUACAGUAGAGAGAAACCCCAGUGGGUGACAAACCUCUUCUUGAAGUACAAUCAGAAGAUAUGGGAAUAUUUUCACGCAGUUCAAUUAGUACUAGUAGGAAAUCAAAUGAUGGGAUGAAGAUCAUUGCAACAGCAUUUUUUGGAGUAACUUUUGGCUUUCUGAUUGGAAUAUCAUUUCCAUCAUUAUCAAUCACCAAGGUGAGUCUCCCAACAAACUUUCUUCCUUCAAACGAUCUCUCAUAUAUAGAGGAAAAGGGUUCGACAAUUGCAACUCCAGAAAGUCAUAAAGCUUGGUCAUCAUCAAAGGAUAAUGAUAGCAGCUCAUCCAGUCCAAUAGACAAAUCAAAGAUUUGGGUACCUUCAAAUCCUCGUGGUGCUGAAAUGUUGCCACCAGGUAUGAUUGCUGCUGAAUCAGACUUCUAUUUGCGCAGAUUAUGGGGGUUACCACAAGAGGAUUUGACCAGUGAACCAAGAUACCUUGCAACUUUUACAGUGGGUAUUAAUCAGAAAGCAAAUAUCGAUGCUUGUGUCAAGAAGUUUUCAGGAAACUUCACUAUUGUCCUGUUUCAUUAUGACGGCCAAGUAACCGAGUGGGAUGAGUUUGAAUGGUCGAAGACUGCUAUACACAUUAGCGUUCGAAAGCAGACUAAAUGGUGGUAUGCAAAGAGGUUUUUGCACCCUGAUAUUGUAGCAAGAUAUGAUUAUAUAUUCAUCUGGGAUGAAGACCUUGGGGUAGAGCAUUUUAAUGCAGAAGAGUACAUAAAGAUGGUGAAGAAACAUGGCCUGGAGAUUUCCCAACCUGGCUUGGAACCAAACCAGGGGUUAACGUGGCAGAUGACAAAGAGAAGAGGAGAUAUGGAAGUCCACAAGAUAACAGAAGAGAGACCUGGAUGGUGCUCAGAUCCUCAUCUCCCUCCAUGUGCUGCAUUCGUCGAGAUCAUGGCUCCUGUAUUUUCUAGAGACGCCUGGCGAUGCGUGUGGCACGUGAUCCAGAAUGAUUUGGUUCACGGUUGGGGACUUGACUUUGCACUAAGAAGAUGUGUUGAGCCUGCACAUGAGAAGAUAGGAGUAGUAGAUUCUCAGUGGGUCGUUCAUCAAUCUUUUCCUUCCCUUGGCAACCAAGGUGAAGCGACGGACGGAAAAGCACCGUGGGAAGGGGUGAGGGAUAGAUGCAAAAAGGAAUGGACAAUGUUCCAGAGUAGAAUGGCUAGCGCAGAAAAGGAAUAUUUCAAAUCUUUACAAGGCUCCUCCAAUUCAACGGCAACAUCCAUUUAAUUAAAUAGGAGAGUUUUUAAAUAGCCAAGACGCUGACAAAUUCAGUUCUCAUAGUGUCUUACAUUUACAUAUAGAGUCUGUAUAUGUUUAUGUAGUAGAUAUACCCAUCACAACCUUCCAUCGAAUAAACAAAAAGAUGAACGUUUUGAUCCAGUAAAGCACUUGUGUAUCAACAUCCAGCACUAGUGCAACUAGUGGCAUGUGAUGUGUAUACUAUGUUAAGCA